AUGUCUGGUAUUGCUAUUACACGUUUGGGCGAGGAAAGAAAGGCCUGGCGCAAAGAUCAUCCAUUCGGGUUUGUUGCACGUCCGGCCAAAAAUCCCGACGGCACAUUGAAUCUGAUGAUUUGGGAAUGUGCCAUACCCGGUAAGAAGGGUACUCCCUGGGAGGGUGGUCUCUACAAAUUGCGUAUGAUCUUCAAAGAUGACUACCCCACCUCUCCACCCAAGUGUAAAUUUGAACCUCCAUUGUUCCAUCCCAAUGUAUAUCCCUCCGGCACGGUGUGUUUAUCGUUGUUGGAUGAAGAGAAAGAUUGGCGUCCCGCCAUUACCAUCAAACAGAUUUUGUUGGGUAUUCAAGAUUUGCUGAAUGAGCCCAAUAUCAAGGAUCCUGCCCAAGCCGAAGCUUACACAAUUUAUUGUCAAAAUCGAUUGGAGUAUGAGAAACGUGUGCGUGCCCAGGCCAGGGCAAUGGCUGCCACAGAAUAAAA